AUGCGCAGCUCAUUCAGUGUCGGACAUUCUUUCACGCCCCCACCCCCCCCCCACCCCCCAACUCCCACCCAGUUUUUCUUUUUAUUUUCAACCCCUCUUUAUGCCAUUAUUUUCUUUCAUGUCGGUGCAGAGAGGGUGCGGGGGUUGGGGAGGGGGAUUCUGAAUGACAGGACUGUCCUAUGUAACACAGAUGUCAGGACUGUCCCGUGUACCACAGAUGACAGGACUGUCCUGU